UGGCUUGGAUUACGUUGAGUUCUAAGACUUUUCCUACCAGGGUCUUACCCAUUAUUCUCUGGAAAUCCAGUUGGUCGCACUUUUAUAACCACCGCCCGACGUCCAUUUAAGAGCCAACUAUAAAGGUCUCAAUGAAACGCCGUUCCUCACGCAGAGACUGAUCACCGCAGUGGAAGAGGAUGGCCGUCCACGCCGAGGGGAUCGUGGCUAUAGUGAUCUUCUACUUGCUUAUUCUGGGAGUGGGGAUAUGGGCGGCGUGGAAGAACAAGAACUCUGGGGUGUCGGAGGGCCAGGACCGCAGUGAAACCAUUAUGGUCGGCGGGAGGGACAUCGGGUUGUUCGUCGGUGGAUUCACAAUGACCGCUACAUGGGUGGGCGGCGGCUACAUCAACGGGACGGCAGAGUAUGUCUACCUGCCUGACUACGGCCUGGCCUGGGCACAGGCUCCCUUUGGAUACGCCCUCAGUCUGGUAGUAGGUGGCCUGUUCUUUGCCAAGCCCAUGCGCUCCCGGGGUUACGUCACCAUGCUGGACCCAUUCCAGCAGAUAUACGGGAAGCGCAUGGGGGGGCUGCUCUUCAUUCCCGCGCUCAUGGGGGAGAUCUUCUGGUCCGCCGCCAUCUUGUCAGCCCUGGGGGCUACUUUGAGUGUGAUUGUGGACAUUGACAUCAACAUGUCGGUGGUGAUCUCAGCCCUGAUAGCCAUCUUCUACACCCUGGUGGGAGGCCUGUACUCUGUGGCCUACACUGACGUGGUGCAGCUCUUCUGUAUCUUCCUGGGACUGUGGGUCAGUGUGCCGUUUGCCCUGUCCAACCCAGCUGUGUCAAGCAUCAGUGUGACAGCUAAAGAGGCUGUGUACCAGACACCCUGGCUGGGCAAGAUAGACUCAGCAGACACAUGGAUGUGGAUCGACAACUUCUGUCUUCUGAUGUUGGGGGGGAUUCCGUGGCAGGUGUAUUUUCAACGGGUUCUCUCUGCCUCUUCAGCUACGUACGCCCAGGUUCUAUCCUUCAUCGCUGCCGCAGGUUGCCUGGUCAUGGCUGUCCCCUCCGUCCUUAUAGGAGCGAUAGGGGCCUCCACAGACUGGAACCAGACUACAUAUGGGGCAAUUCCUCCCAAAGAGAAGGACCAAUCAGAUAUGAUUCUGCCCAUCGUGCUGCAGCACCUGUGCCCAUCCUGGAUCUCCUUCUUCGGUCUGGGGGCGGUGUCUGCCGCUGUGAUGUCAUCAGCAGACUCCUCCAUCCUUUCAGCCAGUUCCAUGUUCGCCAGAAACAUCUACCAGCUGGCCUUCAGACAGUCUGCGACAGACCGUGAGAUCGUGUGGGUGAUGCGUAUCACCAUCUUUGUGUUUGGAGCUCUGGCCACGGCCAUGGCGUUGCUCACGGGGACGGUGUAUGGCCUGUGGUACCUGAGCUCCGACCUGGUCUAUGUUAUCAUCUUCCCUCAGCUGCUCAGCGUGCUCUUCAUCAAGGGAACCAACACGUACGGCUCGGUGGCCGGCUACGUCUUUGGGCUGCUGCUGCGUAUUGGCGGAGGGGAGCCCUACCUCAAACUACCCCCCUUUAUCUACUACCCUGGCUGGGUGCAGCAGGAGAAGAUCCACCACCUGACUGGAGACGUGGAGUACUUCAUCCAGCAGCGCUUCCCCUUUAAAACGGUCUCCAUGCUGGCCUCCUUCCUGGGUAACGUGGCCUUCUCCUACCUGCUCAAGUACCUGUUUGAGUCUGGGACUCUGUCUCAUAAGUAUGACUUCAUGGAUGCUGUGGUGUCCAAACACAGUAAGGAGAUCAUGGACAAGACCACGCUGGUCAGUAAUGACAACAUCAUCCUGUCGGAGAUGGCGCCGGUCAAAACUCGCCUCAGCACAUCACUGGCCGGGACGUUUACGAACAUAGAGGCUCUCAGUGACGAUGAGGAGUCCAGCCCCGAGUCCUUAAACAACGACCACGAGUAGAGACCAGGAAGUAGAGACCAGGAAGUAGAGACCAGGAAGUAGAGACCAGGACCCAGAGCCAGAUCUGGACCCAGAACUGACUAGAACCAAGGCCAGGGGUGGCCAGCCCUCCUGGGGAACUACCCUCAUGCAGAAUUUUGCUCCAUCCCUGCUCUAACAUACCUGACGCUACUAAUCAGCUGCUCAUCAGGAUCUUGAAUAGCUCAACCAGGUGUGCUACAGUAGGGCUGGAGCAAAAGCCUGCAUACCCAAUCGCUCUCCAGCAGAAGGGUUAGCCAGCCCUGAUAUAGAGCCUUGAACCCAGGCCCAGACCAGGUCUGUCCAGCCAUCCAGCCCCAUCGUGUUCUCAUCAUAUCGACCACUGACUGACUCUCUGUGAAUCAAACACCAACGCCAUUUUAGUUUUCUGUUCUCAGUGCUGCUACAGUAAAUGGAGUCAUUAUAAAGGUAAGGUAAUCAAAGUAUAAAAUAUAACUGUCUGUCUGUGUCAAAAGGGAGCUCUGAGAGGGACGCCAGCCCAGAGGGUGAUGAGAAUAGUGCAAUAUUUAAUUGUGUGUGUGUGUGUGUGUGUGUGUGUGUGUACGUGCGUGCAUGAACAAAUUCAUAUCCAUUAGGUAUGUGUGUCUGAAAUCGGCAUUCGAUUAUUUCCUAAUUUGCUUAGAAUUAACUUACUAAUAGAGCAAUAAUGUUUUUAGGGUCAAUGCUUUAAAUAUAUCUGUAUAAUUAUAAGUCAUUCCAAACUGUUGAUUGUUUUUAAUCUUGAGAACAAACAAAAUGUCUGUCUGUUUUAAUUUUUUUUCUCCAAUUUACACACAAUAACCUUGUACAGUUCAGAAUACUCAGUGUUAACAAUAUUUUAAUAGUAACUGGAUUUGAACAGGGUUGAAAAGAGAAACCCAAAUCCUGUUCCAUGUUGUCCAUGUGCCAAAACCCUCCUCUCUGCAGGUGUAGAGGUUCAAUACUGUGCUGUUGUGUUGGAGGGGAAUGCUUGCUUUAUUUCACAGUCUUACAUCAGAUUAUAUGGACCAGGUUUUUACUGAGAAACUACCAUGUGUCAGCAAUAUAGGUGACAAGCCAUACAAAUGCUGUAUUAAUGGCUAUACUGGUUGAAAGUGGACCUAGCUGUGGUUUUUGUGAGUCCAUCUGCAUCAGAAAGUGCACUACAUUUGGCCAGAGCCACAUAAGGUUAGGUAGUGCGCUAUAUAGGGAAUAGGGUACCAUUUGAGAUGGGCCCUAUGAUCGUUUGUUUCCUUCUCUAAACUGUUAUUGCCUGCAGAGCAGCAGCAGAGGGGUUUGGGGAGGCCGAGAUUGCUCCUCCAGGGAUCGUAUCAAUAACCCAUUGACACGAUCGAUUCAAUUCCGCUCCGUCCGUUCUGUCCGUCUGCCCCGAGGACAUUUGAUUAGUGUUCCAAGCUGGUUAUGAGCUGAGACAGGAAAAGAACAGCACUGGUUGUUUUGGUGUCGGUGGUUGUAAUGAUUGGAAGCCGAGCCGGUCCUAUGCUGAGUGAAUGAGCUACCUAUCUGUUAUCACAGUUGUUACAGUUUGAUAGGUGAACACUGACAGGGCCGGCUCUAGCCUUGCAGCAAAACCUUUUCGUGGCCCCCUUCUUGACGUUGGAGAGAACAAUUUAAGUUUUAAAGUUAAUUUCCUGAAAUUCUACACAUUUUGCCAUGGAGCGUAGAGAAAAUGUUCAAAUUUAUAACACAUUUCAUGCAAUAGUGCACAUAUUUUUCCACGAGUCAGAGAGUUUUUUUUGCAGUUUUAAAGCAAAUUUCCUGCAAUUCUACACAUUUUGUAAUGACUUAUGCUAUGUUAAUAUGAUAUCUGAGUGAGAAUGACUAAACCAAAUCAAUGAGGCCCCCUGGAGGUCAGGCCGCCUGGGCAUUUGGUAUUCAGCCAAGAUUACUACAAGUUUAGAUAGCUGACUAGUCUAACUACCAAUCUAAAAACUGUUAGCUGACAUGGCUAACUGAGUGACUGUCAGUAGCUAGGUUUCCAUCACAUUUUCGACAGAUUAUCAUGCGAAUAUUCUAAAAUCUGCAUAAAACAGUAUGCGCAUUUUCGCACCAGAAAUGUGUUUCCAUCUAACUGACUUUUUGUGGAUAAAGGCUGUGCAUAAAUAUAACUUUUGCGGUUACAUUUCCAUAUACCGAAUGGAAAAUACAAGUUAGAUGGGUUUCCAUCGCAUUUUCAGCUCGACUAAUGGUUUUGUCACAAAAACUUUUGAGUUAUACAGCAAAUGUGCCUA